AUGUCCAGAUGGUGGUUCGUACGAUUAAUAGUUGCUAUUGUCAUACUUUUGGCGCAGAUUGUUGGUUCACAUUCGACGGUAAAAGCGCGGCAAAUAUUUAUUUCGCCAGUUCAAAAUUACGGCACUUCCUGGAUUGCUGAUCCCGAAGGACAUCAUUACCAAUUUCAUCUCAGUGAACAAUCCUGGAAUAUAGCUCGAGAAAUAUGCCUUGCUCUAGCUUCCGAUCUCGUUGUUAUUAAGAGCUUACAACAGAUAAAUUGGUUAAUAUCACAUUAUCCACUCCGUAAUUCAAUAAUGCCUGAAAGGACCAUACAAAUCGGACUUGUGCUAGUUGACAAAGAAAAUAGUGCUGAAAAGGAGUGGAAAUGGGUCGAUAAUACGCCGCUGAAUGCUACCUAUUUAGAGUGGGAAAUCUUGGUAAGAAAUACUACGGAGAAAGCGCUGGAUCCUACAGAACGUGGCCGAUGUGCAUUGCUGAGCAUUGAUAACAGGAUGUUAAAAGCCAUACCCUGUGACCAAAGACCAGAUUUCGACUAUACCAACCGGUUCAUCUGUCAGCGAAAUGAUGAACAGCAUCGCGAGCAUGAAAGGAAAAACAAUCCGUUUUACGAGUUCUUUGCGCAGUGGAUAAGUGAGCUACGCAAGGAUACACUAGUAAAAUCACAACCACGAACAGUACAACUGCAAGGAGUGAGAACGCAAAUUGCGAAUGUUCAAGGGAAGGUUGAAGAUCUAUCACCUAUUAGCGGAAAAAAAGAAAAUGUCGUCGGCGAAGACAAGGAAGACAGCUUUUCAGGCAGCCAGAAAAUUAUUGCGGAAAAAACUUUAACAACUGCAGAUCCGGAUGUCGAAGGAACUGACGUAGAUUUUGCCACCAAACAAAUGGAAAAAGAGAAGCAAAAAGUAGCAAAAAAUGAAACUAGUACUGGAAAUAAGCAUGAACUCCAAUCGAAGAAUUUUACCGCAAAACGGAAAUCGAUAGUGCGUAAGGAAAACAUCAAGAACAAUGAGGAUGUGCCUCUACAUAAUGGAAAAGAAAAUGGUUUAAUCAGCUCAUUAAAUCCACUGAAACAGAAAUCCCAACAAUCGAGUGAGCUCUGCGAUGAAAAUGAAACAGCACAAAAAGAUUCGCGAACAUGGUACGAACAAUUCGGUGAUAUCUUCCGAAAUCUAAAUUUGUUUCUUAAACAAGAAAAAAGCUCGGACUUGCGCGCACUGCUUGAUAAUAACGACACUAACAAGACUCUGGUAGAACGCCUCAAGGAGACACUACAUGCCAAAAGUAGCAAAGAACCGAGUAAGCAUGAUGUAAUCGAAAACAAACGGGUGUUACAAAAGAUGAAUGAUCAACAACAAUUCGAUGAUAGUAUCCACGAAGUACACGAUAUAAGCAAUACACUUGCACAUGAAAGUGAUAUUAACAGCGUUGUUCCAUAUAAGAAAAAUACCGGAAUUGUGUUGCAAAAGGUUGACGGAAGACCUGUUAUAGAUCACACGUAUGGUACGGCAAAACUCAAUAGAACGGAAAUAUAUAGAAAGGAAGAACUAGCAAAACGGUCGGAAGUUAACGAGGGUGAAAUUUAUGAACUACUUGGGAAAAAAUUGCAAAGUAUAUUUACCGAACGCAUACAAAACGUAUCUAAUUUGGACAACAAUGCAACAAUCAUGUCAAACGAAAUAAGCAAAGACAUAAAAUCAAAUAUAAGUGAGGAACAAAUAAAUCGAAAUGAAAUCCAAAUAUACUACGAUGUAGCAAAUGAGCAAAAACCUGGAUCACCUUCACUGCUACCUGCUGAUCAACAUAAUAACAUAACAGAAGAGACUGCCAGUGUGCCACGUAAUUUUAUCAACAAUAUCCAACAAAUAAUUAAAAGACCACCAGAAUCAAGCAACGAAACUGAAACUCCUCUUGAAUUUCUAAAUGGUAACAUCAUCUUGCUCGAGGAACGUAAGGUGGACAGAACUAAAACCAAUAUAAAAUUAGAUAUUGAAAAAGCUAUAUCCAAUAUGAAACAAAAUCUAGAAAAUGCGAGUGAAGAAAUAAGACGUCUUUUCUCAAAAUCGCGAAGCUGGUUGUAA